UCUUCCUUUCCACGUCCAGGUCGCUGCCGCUCGUGCACCACCUCAUCCCCUCCCUCCCGCCCUCGCGAUCCGGCCCUUCGCUGCCUCCCUUUCUUCCCCUUCCUCUCUAUCCCACUCGCUGAUUGGUCUCUGGCGCCGCGUCUCCUUCUCUCCCCUAUUUCCUCGCGGCGGCGGCGCCACCGAGCCGGCUGCGAUUCGCCGUGGCGCGCCUGACGCGCGCGGACGCGGCGGCACGCCUCGAAGCGCGGAGCCCUUGUGCCCGCAGGCGACGCGUCCCAGGCCUCCCGGCGAACAACCUGGUCGGUCGUCGCCGCUGCCGGAGCUUCUCAUGUUGGACCCGAGAUCCGAAAUCUAUCCCACCAUAGAGUAUCGCCCUAUCCAACCCUCCGACCUCGAAGCUCUCGAGAAGAUUCAUCUCGCUCUCUUUCCCAUAAGGUACGAGAGGGAGUUCUUCUUGAACGUUGUCAACGGCCAUGGUAUUGUUUCCUGGGGCGCUGUAGACAUCAGCAGAUCGGAUGAGCGCAGGGACGAGAUAAUAGGUUUUGUAACCACAAGGAUGAUCGCCGCUAAAGAUAGCGAGAUUGAAGACUUGUUUAGGUAUAACAGUUCGCGCAAAGAUCUAACACUUGUGUAUAUAUUGACGCUCGGUGUAGUGGAUAGCUACCGGAACCUCGGCAUAGCGUCUUCACUGGUUCAAGAGGUGAUUAAAUAUGCAGCAAGCAUAUCAAAUUGCAGGGGUGUUUACUUGCAUGUCAUUUCAUAUAACCAGCCUGCUAUCAGCUUUUACAAGAAGAUGCUAUUUAAGCUAGUCAGAAGACUUCCAAUGUUUUACUACAUAAGAGGACAACAUUAUGACUCAUACUUAUUUGUUUACUAUGUCAAUGGGGGUCGUUCACCUUGCUCGCCUCUGGAGAUUGUAACUUCAUUUGUUGUUGACUUCAGGGCUUUCCUAAAGAUGCUGGUUGCCAAGUUCUGGACCAAAGAGGACCAUUGUAAUCCGAGAUGGGCCAGAUGUAAGGAAUCGACCACCAGAUGUAAGGAAUCGACCACCCUCUUGGCACCACAGAACAAUAAGCGGAUCAUCAGUGGUGAUGAUACCAGAUGUCAUGUCUAAUUUUAGGUGCUGCGGCGAUGUUCUCUUGUUUUUUUUUUUUUUUUGUGUGGAAACCUGAGUUUGUUGAAAACUUUCGCCUGCGAUGUUGUACACUUCUGAUACAAGUACAUAAUUUCUCAAUAGUUAUAGUCACAUUCAUUGUAAAGAGAGGGAAAGGAGAAAUUGAACGUCGUCUGCUUCUGGGAACGUUGGAUAGUAGUGUGCAAUGUUGAAAUGUUGUGUUGAUUGAACUGAAGCAAUCUUUUUGGGUGUA